AUGGCGGCCACCAUGAAGAAGGCGGCUGCAGAAGAUGUCAACGUUACUUUCGAAGACCAGCAAAAGAUCAACAAAUUUGCUCGGAACACAAGCAGAAUCACAGAGCUUAAGGAAGAAAUAGAUGUGAAGAAGAAGCAGCUCCAGAAUCUCGAAGACGCUUGCGAGGACAUCAUGCUGGCGGACGACGACUGCUUGAUGAUUCCUUACCAAGUCGGGGACGUUUUCAUCAGCCACUCCCAGGAGGAAACGCAGGACAUGUUAGAAGAAGCAAAGAAAAAUUUGCAAGAAGAAAUCGACGCUUUAGAAUCCCGAGUAGAAUCCAUUCAGCGGGUGUUGGCUGAUUUGAAAGUACAGUUAUACGCGAAAUUUGGGAGCAACAUAAAUCUUGAAGCUGAUGAAAGUUAAACAUUUUAUAACUUUGUUUAAUAAACUUGAAUGUUGUUUAAAAUGGCAAAUUCCCUUCUUGAAAUGAUAUGGAAAGUAAACUGGCUUUAAA